GUUUUUCCGUACAUUGAAAAGGCGGGUGUUUGUCGACAUUCGGCUGAGUAUGUUUUCAGUAGAGUGGAUAUAUAGCACAGCGCGAUUGGAACCUUUUGACUAUAUUCGAAAGCCCCAAGUAAUUUCGCGCAUAGUUUCUGUGAUAUUAUCAACAGUUGUGAUUGGAAUUGUGCACAAUGGCUGCUAUAUUUAUGGAAUUUGUUUGUUUAACGAAGACCAGGGAGCUUGUGGAUAUAGUUUGUUUCUUUCUUCUUGUUCGCUUAUUCUUUCUCUCGUCUACUUAUGGUUGGACUUCAUAGUGGACAAUGUUUCGAAUGUGGAUACACGCUUGAUAAUAGUCAAAUUGGACGCUGCCUUAUCGGGUUUGUGGACUUUCCUAUGGUUUACUUCAUUUUGCCUACUUUGUAAUCGUUGGCAAAACACAACACAAGAUUUCAUGUCACAGAAUGCUGUUUCAUCUGAUGGACCUCGUAGUGCCAUUGCGUUCACAUUUUUCAGCACGCUUAUUUGGAUGAUCUUGGGAUAUUUCACAUACAAGUCGUACAAAUCAACCGAAAUACAAUGCGCCAGUUUCGUUUAUGGAGAAACUGACAAUUCACCCGGUUACCGUGGUUUUGCCAACGAUACAGAUAUGCUUGAUGCAGCAGGACCUGGUCCAUUAGAUCCUGAUGCUGAUACUGUGCAUCCAAAUCUUGAUUACCAGAUUGGAAAUGUUCGACCAGGGUUUGGCAGUGUGUAUCCUGGAGAUCCAAUGGGUGGUUAUCAACCUUAGUAUACUGUAUUUUUCUGGUCACCAAGAAUAAUUUCCUUGUGAUGCCAUGUUGCUACGAUUUGUUUGUAGGCUUUUGAACACAUAAUAAACUGGUGUUUUUUACCUGAGGAUUUUUUGUUCUCUUGGUUUUGUCGUGUUCUUCAUAUUGCCUUUUGUCUCUACCUGUAUAAACACAUUGUUAUCACUGUUUUAUCAUGAGUCAUUAAUCUUACUAUCAUUUGGCUUUUCAAUUGAGAAUAGUUUGUCUUGUUGUAUUGUUUUCUACGGAUUUGUGCAUAUCUCUAUCAGCCGAAACCAAUUAUUCACCACAGCUUUUGGAUAAUUUUUGGUCAGUAAUAAUUAUAAUGACAUUUUCAGUCUUUUUAGUUC